GUGAAAGAGAAGCCACGUGGAGUUCUCUGCACAUUCAUAGUCCUGGGCCCUUUUCAUUUGUACCUACCACCUGCUCUGCUGCACUGAGGCCUCACACACAGGUGUGCCUCUUAUGGCCAGCGUACCAUAUGCAGUGUCCAUGCUGCUUCUGCUGGCGCUCUACUCUCCAGUGGUGUCCUCUGCUCCUGCCCUUCACCUGUGCGGCUCCCACCUGGUGGACGCCCUCUACUUCGUAUGUGGGGAGCUGGGCUUUUUCUACAGUCCAAACCGACCUCAUAAGCGAGAUCUUGAAGAGAUGCUCGGGUUCCUGUCUAAAAGGGAGCAGCGGCCGUGGAGGGCUAAUUCUGGCCACAAGGAGCUAAAGGUGAAGAGAGGCAUCGUGGAGCAGUGCUGCCAUAAGCCGUGUAGCGUUUACCACCUUGAGGGCUACUGCAACUGACCCAUCUCUCCACAACUACCACCACUCAUAGCUUGUAAAAAGUCCAUUUGUGGACCCGAUACUCGCUGGCUAUGUCUUAUCAACUAAAG